AUGUCUACUAUUGCAAAAUCUUACAGUCCAGUACAAGAAGUGGCAGAUUCUUGCAAGACUGGUGCUGCGACAAAUGUAAUAUUUGGAUUGGCUCUUGGAUAUAAAUCUGUUAUCAUUCCCAUAUUUUCCAUUGCUGCUUCUAUAUACGUGAGCUUCAGCUUAGCUGAUAUGUAUGGCAUUGCAGAUGCUGCUCUGGGAAUGCUUAGCACUAUAGCCACUGGGCUCGCAAUAGAUGUUUAUGGCCCUAUCAGCGACAAUGUUGGUGGUAUUGCAGAGAUGGCUGGAAUGAGCCAUAACAUUCGUGAAAAGAUUGAUGCUCUUGAUGCUGCUGGGAACACAACAUCUGCAAUUGGCAAGAUUUUGAAGAUUGAAGUUACAAGUCAAGAUGCAAGUUUAGAAGAUGCAAAAGACUAUUAUUAUUUUGCUAUGGAAGUUAUGCAAAACUUCAUAUCAUAG